AUGAAGAUGGACAUCAUUUUGCUAAUUAAAUCCCUGCUGACCAUCGUCUUUUGCCUAAAAGGUGCUGUUGCUGAUCCCAGGAAAGUUUAUGGUGUUCUUAAUCAUUCGGUUAAUUUGUUCACUUCCUUCUCACAAGACACUUCACAUAAACUAGAAUGGAUUUGGGACUCAAAACCCCAGUUGUGGUGGAAAUCAUCAGGCACAAAUGUAACAGAGAAAGAAAGGCACUACUUAUUUCCAAAUGGAACCCUGAAAAUAGAAAGAUUGCUUGAGAGUGAUACUGGAAAUUACACUGUGAAGAGAUACAGUAAAAGUGGGUCUUUGGGAUCAAGUAGCACAAUUACUUUGCAUGUUGUGGAACCAUUACCACCACUGACACUCGUGUAUAAUUGUUCCAAUAAAAUUCUGAGUUGUGAGGUGAAAUACAAUGCGGAGCCAAAGCCUAGCUUUAAAUUGUUUCAAGAUAAGAAAGAACAGAAGAUUCUAGAGCUGAAGCAUGUUAAUGCAGAAUGGAAAGGAGUGACGCGAAGCCUUCCAGCCAAUCAGAGCGCGGCGGGCUGUGCUCGAAGCACGGGUAGCCCUUUUUUUUUGUUUCGUGCCAGCGGAGGCUACAUUGAAACGUGUCAGUGCGGUGAAACAUAUAUUUUUCUUAUCAUGUACAUUGGAGCAGGCAUAAUUGUUUUUGUCAUUUUUGUGGCCCUACUUGUAUGUUGCAUCAGAAAGAAGAAAGCAGAAAGAUGUGAACCACAAGCUGAAGAAAGAGAACUGAGACCUACAACUGAAGCAAUGAAAUAUAGGAGGCUUCCCCAGCCACCAGGUCAUGAUGUCCUGAGCCAGCCACGCCCGCAACAAAGGCAACCACCACCUUGUCCUGCUGUGCAGCAACAGCUGGAACCCCCUCUGCCCAGGCCUCGUCCUCAGCAGAAGCCACCACGACGCAUGAAAGACAAACUCCACCACGACGCAUGA